AAUGGGAACCUGGGCUCGGCUCUCUUUCACGCCGAUCUCGCUGAUUAAAGUAUCGAGCAAGGCUGAAAUCAACGAGGACGAGAGUGUAAGGCGAGCGACAGUGUUCAGAGCCGGCUGCCUGCAUCUGUCACUCGCUCUCCUGCCGGAGGAAGGUGCUUGCGUUUAACCCGUCUCCCUCUCUGAGUCCUGUCAGAGGAAAACGAAAGGGAUUGGGUCUAGUGGUUUCAUUAUCUUUUCAGAUAUGGCAUGGAAAAUUCAACUCAAAUAUAACUGGGCAGAAUGAAGACUCAACAAGUAUUGUUGGGAGUGACAAUAGCCGUGGCUGCAGUUGCUGCACCCCCUCUGAUUCUGGGGGCAGUGGGCUUCACAAGUACUGGAAUAGCGGCUGGUACCAUUGCAGCAAAAAUGAUGAGCGUGGCUGCUGUGGCCAAUGGAGGAGGUGUUGCAGCUGGAAGUACCGUGGCUGUCCUUCAGUCCAUUGGAGCAGCAGGACUGUCUGCUGCUGCUAAUGCAGCUUUGGGGACUGCAGGUGCUGUGGUUGGUGCAAUCUUAGGGCGCUGAAGAAAAAAAUAACCUGAAAAAAUUUAAAGCAAAUGACAACCCUUCCUAAAUUCUGAACGUGUGGAAAAAACUAUAAUUGAAAAUUCAUUAAACUUGUAUUAUCAGUAAUUGUU